AUGAUCACAUGGCAGUUUGUCGUUACAGUGACGGGCUAAAAUUGGAGCGGUUAGUAAGGGAGGAAAGACCACAAACACAAAGCUCGAAACAAGCAUACUCGGCAUGUAAACUAACCUAUUCUUUAAACUGACUAACAGACGCUUACAAAGUGUCAGCCACCCCCCUGCUGUAAUUGGUCAGAACGCCCCAGCAGAGAUCAUAGCCAAUAUGAAGCUCACUUCGUUGCAGUCGGCGGCUCAGCUCGGUGUGCCGCCUCGCUGCAUCCAAACGCACACAGACGGUGCCGCCGACAGAAUUAAUAAUGUUUUCUAUUUGGAACAUUUCCAGGGUUAGCUCAAUAGGCGUUGCCUGACACCGUAUGAAGUGUACGGCCGAUGUUUUUUCCCCCCCUUCAGCGGCUUUUGUGAGAUGUUCUGCAUUUGCCAUGGCCAGAGAUCUGUUUCCAUGGGGGCUCUUCAGAAAGCCUCUGUACAUCCAGACCAGAUUUUCCAAUCUACAUAUGAAAUACCUGUUCUUCUCCUGGCUGGCAGUGUUCGUGGGGAGUUGGAUAGUCUAUGUAGAGUACUCGUCCUACACAGAGCUGUGUCGUGGGCACGACUGCAAAAAUUCAAUAUGUGACAAAUACAGAAAAGGAGUCAUUGAUGGCUCAGCCUGCAGCAGCUUGUGUGAGAAAGACACACUUUACCUGGGGAAGUGUUUCACUGCCAAGCCCAACAGCCAGGUGUACUCUGGAAGCUGGGGAGACCUGGAGGGAGUCAUUAAAUGCCAGAUGGACGAGGCUCCUCAUUAUGAUUUGGGAGGUGAGAUGGAGCCAAGGAAAGAAGCUGCAGCCUUCAACAAGCCCACCAAGGGGACCUCUGUGGAAAAGUUCAGAGAGAUGAUCCUCAACCACCUGAAGGCUAAAGUAGGGGAUCAGGCCAACCUUGCAGACCUGGCAACCCAAGUAUUGUCUAUAACAGAUGCCAACAAAGAUGGUCACAUCUCACUGCCUGAGGCUCGCUCCACGUGGGCUCUGCUGCAGCUCAAUGAAUUCCUGUUAGCAUUAGUCCUGCAAGACAGAGAGCACACACCCAAGUUACUGGGCUUCUGUGGAGACCUGUAUAUGAUGGAGAAGGUGCCAUAUUCUCCCCUGUACGGGAUCAGUCUGCCCUGGAUCAUCGAGGUGUGGAUUCCUGCUGGUCUGCGCCGCAGCAUGGACCAGUGGUUCACCCCCUCUUGGCCACACAAGGCCAAGAUUGCCAUCGGACUGCUGGAACUGGUUGAGGAUGUCUUCCAUGGGACAUUUGGCAGCUUCCUCAUGUGCGAUGUGAGUGCUACCAGUUUUGGCUACAAUGAUCGCCACGACCUGAAGGUGAUGAAUGCACGGUAUAUUGUUCCUGAAGCCAUCUUCCAAGAAGGCAUCCGGCAGCAGCGCUGCGAUGUGGAUGAGGAUUGUCUCUACGGGGCUGACUGCUUCACUUCCUGUGACCUCACCAAGCACCGCUGCACACCAGAGGUCACCAGGCCAAACUUAGCCAAAGCCUGUGAAGCACUUAAGGACUACAUCCUGAGAGGUGCCCCGUCUGACGUCAGAGAGGAGCUUGAGAAGCAGCUGUACGCCUGCAUAGCACUCAAAGGGUCAGCAGAACAGAUGGAAAUUGAGCACUCACUAAUUAUGAACAAUCUCAAGACUUUGCUAUGGAAGAAAAUCUCUCACACAAAAGACUCCUAAUAAACACAGAAGCACAAAGACCAAAUCCUGUCCCUUCGAGUUUUUAAAUAUCGGACAUCUUUUCACUGUGCAAACAGAAAUGUAUGAUUCUACUUGUAUUCAACAUGUAUAACUGAAGUAUUUUAUGCUAAAGUAGUUGUCAAGGAAUGUCACUUUCAUAUUAAAUCAUGUCAGUAAAAUUCAUUGGAGCAAACUGAACAAGUGCAAUUUUUUUGAAACAUCAAACUGAUAAAUUUGAAGAACCAUACUGUUUAACCUUACUGCCAAGUAGUCCGUAAGCACUCAUCCCCCCGCCCCCCCC